UUAAAGUGUAAGUGUUUUAAGUGCAAAUAGUUAAGUGUAAGUUUCAUCUUACAUUAUAUUACGUAGCGUUUGGGUUUGGUUUACUAUUAAUUCCACUUAUUUGUUUGAAUUCUUUCAGGAUAUUUAUAAUUAGGUAAUUUAGUGUAUAAUUGUAGUUUAAGUAUGGAAAGAAGAACCCAUCCUUCGCAAAAUCAGCUCGAAAUUUUAUUGAAAUUUUUAGAAGAUCAACCUAGUUUAGCAAAAUGUUUUUCAAAACUAGCCUCAGUUCGAGAGCAUGCACACGCCGAGUGGUCCAAAUUAACUUUAAAACUAAAUAGUGAAGGGAGUGGCUGUGUUAAAUCUCCGAAAAGAUGGUUAAAGGUAUGUUAAAAAUUCAUUAAAUUUUGUAGGUCUGGUAAAUACCAUUAAAUUGAAAUAUAGGCAUGUAAUAUUUUCCCUAUUUUCUGCUUAUAGUAUUGCAGUGAUAAAAAGAGUGCAGUUAAAAAAAAGCUGCCAUAAGGAAUAGAGAAAGGCGUCAAACUGGUGGUGGUAUAGCAGAGAUAGUGCACUUAACUGAAUGGGAAGAGCGGAUUAUUUCUUUAAUGGGGGGUGAAAGAUUUUAUAAUGGAGAUUCUUCGCUUCGAGUUCAUCCAUUUUCUGACCCAACCAAUAGUUCCUCAGGCAGUAUUAGAAUUUUUACACAACCGCAUAGUAUUGCACAAGAAUAUUUAAUUGAACCAAGUACAACACCUAACAUUAACCCAGAUAUUUGGGAAAACCCGACAAUUGCUGAAAAUAAUAAUGAUAACACACAACAUUCAUUAGUCAACUCAGUUGCUGGAAGUUCUGACUUUCCAGAACAACGCCAACCAACUUCUCGGGGCUCAACCCCUAGUCGGCUUCGUUGUCGCGGCAGCGAAUAUGGCGAGUCUCGAGUAAGAAGGCGUUUAAGGUUACAGCCAUCACAUCCCAGUCAACGCCGCAACUAUCUGCAUAGCACCACCGAAAAAUUUUUAAGAAUAGAGGAACAGCGGUUGAACCUCGAUACAAAGAUUUUAGAUCUUCUUAACCAAAAAUCAAUAAGGGAUACCGUUUUAAUAGAAACUAUUACUAAUAACCAGGAGGCCAUAAUCAAAGGCCAGAAUGCUAUUGUUGAAGCCCUCAAAACAAUUGCAAUGGCAAUUAAUAAAUAGUCAAAAUUAAUAAUUAAGUAAUGAUUAAAAAAAUUAACAAGUAAUUAAGUACAACAAACUUUUGUUGUGCACACAAUAAAUAAUGAAUAAAAAAAUAAACAUUUAAAUUACAAAUUCUAAUUUUUUUUUUUAAUAAUACAAGCAAAACAGUGUGUAUCGGACACAGAUACUGAUUACUUGUAUAUGUAAAUACACAUUUAUUUCUUGUAACUCUGGGAUUACACACAAGUGAUUUUUCUUUAUAAAAACUAUAUAAUAGUUUGUUUGUGAAUUAAAAAGAAAACUCUAGAAUAUUUAUAUAGAAAUAU